GCUUUAAAAUCAAGUCGAGGACUCAACGUCAAACUCAAACGUGUUGUGUACUAGGCAAAGUGAAGGAGGUGACACCAAAGCAGAACCGCGUUUUCGAAGGUUUAUUUAAACCUUUGAUGAAUGUGUGGAAUGUGUAUGCUAGCACUACUGAGUGAAUGUAGACGAUGUGUGGAAUCAACAAUGUGGAAUUUACCAGAGAGUGUUGUCGAUGUGUGUUGGAUGUCUCUUUUGUCGAAUCCAAAGGAGAAAGCGGAGGGGUAGUCAGCAGGGAGGCAAGCAGUUGGGAGCUGGAGAGAGACAACGAUGUCCACGUCCAAACAGUGGUCAAGGAUCGGCAAAGGCAAGCAACAAUCCGGGAGGUGGUUCAGGGGUAAGACACGAUCACGGAAGACACUGUGAAAGACACAAAAGACAUCAAGACAUGAAUGAGAGAGUACAAGGAAGGCAGCAAGGAACGAGGGAUAGGUGCCAGACGUGAUGCUUACUGGUCCAGGUGCGCUGAUGGGUGAUUUCCUGCAACCAUGUCGCUGCGUGGGCCUGCUGCGCCCAGCGCGAGCGAGGACGUGUCCAGGCAAACAGCCGGAGGAGGAAUUGUGACACUCAGAAUCAUGAGAGACACGGGUUUGAAUCCGCGUCGUGACAAAACGCAGAUCAUAAGUAAUAAAUAAUUGGCCAGUCGACUAAUCAAAAAAACAAUCGCUGACUAGUCGACUAUUAAAAUAAUUGUUUGUUGCAGCCCUAUAAUAAUGACAAUAACAACCCCAAAAAAAUCUAAUCGAAUUUAAGAGUAUAAAUUUUGACAAACAAAAAAGUUAACACAACCAAUUAACAUCUGCUCUCUGCAGUUGAGUUUAUACAUACUCCCUGGUUCCUAUAUGAGAAAAUACGUAUUGAUUCUUUCACUUUUACCCCCGCAAGAUUGAAAACAAAUUAGUAAUUGGCCAAAAAUAUUAUUGGUAAAAUAACCCAUAACCUACUUUUUCCCCCCAAUUCAUUUUCUUGUAUGAACUCCUACAAAAUGUUGGUCGACACUGCGAUCACAAGCUACAAUUCCUCUCACUGAGAAGCCGCCAAACGUUUACCAGCGUUUCCAGGGAGAACAUUUGGUGUGGCAUACGCUUCACAUAAAGUUUAAAGGCACUAGCUAAAAAAUCGAGUUGUGAAAAAAAAACGACUUGACAAUUUCACUGCCUUUGUGCACACAGUAACAGUGAUUCCCCCCACACACACACUCUCAACAUGUGCGUGUGUGUGUGGGGGGUGGUUACAUAAUCCAAGCAAUGCAGUUUUCAUGCGGCAUUGUCCAUAUGACUAAAUCCAAUCCCCACCUCCGAGUAUGUGUGUGUGUGUGUGUGUGUGUUGCCGGACAGUAGGAUGUAAGCCUCUAAGCUGAGCGCUGACUCAGGACACAUGCAAGAAGGAGACACAAACUGUGCACUAUGAGUGAUGAAAAUGUUCAUUUCAACUGACCACCUGUGGUGGGACAAUUAUCAGCCUCUUCUUCACUAAGAGCUUGAAAAAAUGUGCCAUUCCAACUGUCACCUGUUGAAACAGCCAAAUGACACUUCUGGUAUUAAAGUGAACACGUAACAAUGUUGUCGUGACAAGUUGUUGCUCAUUUUCAGGUAUACAGCCCCUAAUUAGUGCUGAUCCCAAAGCGGAGGCAUAACACUGACUAAUCCAAUUUGAAUCUCGUCUCUGCUCUCCUUUGCAGCCUUCAUAGUGCCAGCAAGAGGAACACGUAUCCCACUAAAUAUGAAAGGACUUAUAUUUUGCAUUUUUGCUACAACGAUGCUCAUGUCUGCUCAAGGUGAAGAAGAAGAGUAUUUGGAGCAGGUUAUGGAUGUAAAAGGACUUGAGGAAGAAGAGGAGCUUCUGCAGUGCUUCCGCUGCGACCUGGGCUUCUGGGAUGUCUGCUACACCACCGAAAUGAACUGCAGCCGUGGGGAGCGCUGCUUCACAGGCCGUGGGAAGGCGGCUGACGUCCUGGAUGUAAAGACGUUGGGCUGUGUGAAAGCAGAGGAGUGUAACAUGGAGACCACUGUGGAGCUCUUCUCUAACAACACCGUCUUUGUCAUGACCAAACAUUGCUGUGACACCCCCUUCUGCAACUCGGUGUUGAAACUUCAGGCUGAGACACUUUUAUGCAUCACUGUGGCGUUCAUGAUGUCCUGGCGCAUUGCAGGGGCCUCCACACACUGACAGAAGCCAACGUUUAUUCACUGUGUGCUGCUAAUGUAAAAAAAAAAAAAAGGACUACACCCACAU